GUGUCAACAUGAGGCAGAGUUGAAACUAUUAGAGGAAGAAACUGCAAAGAGAGUAGAGGAAGCAAUUCGAAAGAAAGUCGAGGAGAGCUUGAACUCUGAGGCGAUCAAGCUAGAAAUACAAAGACGAAUUGAGGAAGGGCGGAAAAAACUACUCAAUGAUGUUGCAUCUCAACUUGAAAAAGAGAAGGAAGUUGCUCUUAUUGAGGCUAGGCAGAAAGAAGAACAAGCUCGAAAAGAGAGAGAGGAGCUGGAUAGGAUGCUAGAGGAGAACCAAAGGAGGGUUGAAGAGUCUCAAAGAAAAGAAGCUUUGGAGCAGCAGCAAAAAGAAGAGGAACGCUACCGGGAAUUAGAGAAGAUUCAAAGACAAAAAGAAGAGGCUAUGCGAAGGAAGAAAUUAGAAGAGGAGGAGGAACGGGCAAAUCAGAUGAAGCUCUUGGGUAAGAAUAAAUCUCGACCAAAACUGUCAUUCCCAGUUGGCCUAAAAUGAGAGUUCUAAGGGUUCUACUUUUAUUAUUUCCCUCUUGAAAAGCUGCAUUUGUGUAGCUGGUCUUAGAUUUUAUGUUCGCAUUUGUAUUGCCAAGAACAUUGGCAGGUUUUUUUUGUCAUAUCCUGAUAUACACCACAAAGUGGCGCUCCUGAACGCAUUUGUGACUGCCCAUCUCUCGACUGAUAAACAAUGAGGAAAUGUCAAUUCUAUGAACUGUUUGCUUCAAAGA